CCGAAAUUAUGAUGUAAAAUAAGAGUGAAGCGGACACAUUAUGAUUUAGACAGCUGUUUCAUUCAUUUCCACUCGCUGAAUGAGCAGCAGCGACAGCACACCGGCGCCGUUUGACGGUUUAUGAGAGGAGGCUCAAGGUCCCCGUAGCAACCAUGCCUGCCUCCCUGCUGUGGGCGGUGGAUGUGUAUGGGCGGGUCUACAGCUUGUCCACGGCGGGGCAGCUGUGGGAGCAGUGUCGUGAUGCCCAGAUGGAGUUCAAGCGGGUGACAGCAGCUCAGCAGUGCUGCUGGGGCAUCGCCUGUGACAACAGCAUCUACCUGAACGUCCACGCUUCUGACCUGCCGGUCCGCUACCAGGAGGAGACCUACGAGAACCAGCGAUGGAAUCCCGUUGAUGGUUUCUCGGAGCGUUUGUUACCAAGCGACCGCUGGCAGUGGAGUGAUGUCACAGGCCUGCAACACCAACCUCUUGACAGCUUCGGGCUUCCCUCCAGCAGCUGGGAGUGGGAGGCCGACUGGCACGUGGAUGAGAACUUUGAGGGAGAGCCCACAGAGAAAGGGGGAUGGACAUACGCUAUCGACUUCCCCGCAAACUACACCAAAGACAAAAAGUGGAACUCCUGCGUCCGUCGCAGGCGAUGGCUCCGUUACAGGAGGUACAAAGCCAUGGACACCUGGGCUAAGAUCCCCUCACAGCCGACAACUCUGCCAGACCCUUUCAGCGACCUCAGCUGCGGAGGUUGGGAGAUCAACGAAGAGCCCAGAGGCCGGCUGUCACUGUGGGCCGUGUCCCUGCAGGGCAAGGUGUGGUUCAGAGAGGGGAUCUACCACCAGAAUCCUGAAGGCUCUCUGUGGGCCGAGAUGCCUCUCCCCGGGGAGGUGGUCCAGAUCAGUUGUGGCCCGGGGGAUCUGAUCUGGGCCGUGCUGUGGGAGGGGCAGUUCAUUGUCAGGGAGGGCGUCAGCAGGGACUGCCCCAAAGGUACCUCCUGGGCGCUGGUGGACUCUCCCAGUCCUGAUGUGGGAGCCACACAUGUAGCGGUGGGAGUCAACGUUGUUUGGGCUCUGACGAAGGACAACAAAGUGUGGUUCAGACGCGGCGUGAACUCCCACAACCCCUGCGGCUCCGGCUGGAUCAGCAUGAUCGGAGAGAUGACCAUGAUCAACGUAGGACUCAACGACCAGGUGUUGGCGAUCAGCUGCGAAGAUCGGGGGGUCUACUUCCGCCAAGGUGUGACCUGUAGUGAACUGAGUGGGAAAACCUGGAGAGCCAUCAAUGUCCCCCGAGACGGAGACAGAUCCCACUCCAGUGCCAGCGCAAGCAGCCUGCAGAGUGCUGGAUGUUACUUCUGCGGUGAGGUGCGUGCUCCGUCAGCGAGUGAUGUGGAAUCAGACACAGAUAAAGGAUCUACAGAUGGAACCAGCCGCCUCAUCACCUCCACCUCCCCUCCCUUGGGAGUCGACGAGCCCACAGACCUUUCUGACCAACCUGUCGAGACCCCCAAACCCCGCAUCCCCAAAGUCACCAGCGACAGCUUCAUCUCCGAACUCGUCUCUGAUCGAGAACCAGGAAAGUCCUCCGGACCAGCAGGACCGCCUGUUCUAGAGGAGGAACCCGUCCCCGGAGAAGAAGAGGUCACAGCCCCCGGUGCUCAUGUUGCUCUUUCCCCCAGCCAGGCUGGAGGUCCUUCUGACCACCAGUGGAGUAACGUGGAUCUGGAGGAGGUGCAGGCCCAGCAGGCUCCAGCUGGGGCAGUGGUGGACUCAGCUGACACCUGCAGCUUGUCAUCAGUGGCCACGUACACUCUGGCCAUGGAGGACCCGUACGGGGCAGAUGAGCACCCUCUGUGGGCGUGGGUCAGUGGAGGCGGCUGCUCUGUGGACAGCCACUCCCAGCUCAGCUGGUUCAACUGCUCCAUGAACGCUUCAUCUUUGGUCCAGUCAGUCCAGUCCAUGAGUUUGUCUGUCACCCCAGCCCAGACGGCAGCCUGGAAGAGACAAAUCUUUGAACAACUCAGCGAGAGGACCAAAAGAGAGAUGGAUAAUUUCAGACAUUAUGAACAAGCCAUUGAACAGUCUGUGUGGGUGAAGAAGGGAACCAUGCAGUGGUGGAGAGACUGGAAGCCACACAAAUGGAUAGAUGUUCAUUUUGCCCUGGAGCAGUUCUCAGGACCAGAAGGCAACAAGGACGGCAUCCUCUUCAUCUAUUACAACUUUAAUGAGGAGAAGAAGUAUCUGCAUGCCUUCAUCAACGAGGUCACCAUCCUGGUCCCUGUGUUGAAUGACUCCAAACACACAUUCGCCAUCUACACUCCUGAGCGGACCAAACAGAGGUGGCCAAUCAGAUUGGCAGCAGCCACAGAGCUAGAGAUGCAUGAUUGGCUGGCGUUGUUAAGUGUCUCGUGCUGCGACUCCAGGGGGAUCCAGGGUCCUCCCUCCAAGCAGGCCAUGUGGUCCAUCACCUGUAAAGGAGACAUUUUUGUCAGUGAGCCGUCUCCUAGUCUGGAGGCCAUGCCUUACCCCACACCCUGCGACCAGAUGUUCUGGCGGCAGGUCGGAGGUCACCUACGCGUGGUGGAGUGCAACAGUGUUGGCAUAGUGUGGGGGAUCGGCUACGACCACACGGCCUGGGUCCACACCGGGGGCUAUGGAGGAGGCUUUUUUCAGGGACUGGCCAGCAGCACAGACAACAUUUACACACAGGUGGAUGUCAAGAGUGUCUACAUCUACGAGAACCAGAGGUGGAACCCUGUCACCGGCUACACCAACAGAGGGCUGCCGACAGACCGCUACAUGUGGAGUGAUGCAUCCGGACUACAUGAGUGCACAAAGACAAAUAUGAAACCGCCUUCCCCUCAGUGGACAUGGGUGUCUGACUGGGUUGUUGACUACAGUGUGUCUGGAGGGACGGACAGAGAAGGCUGGCAAUUUGCAGCUGAUUUUCCAGCGUCAUAUCACGGCCAUAAAACGCUGAAGGACUUUGUGCGUCGCAGGCGAUGGGCCAGGAAGUGUAAAUUAUCCACCACAGGACCCUGGCAAGAAGUUCCUCCGAUAUCUCUGAGUGAUGUGACCAUCCUGCCGUGUGCAGCCCAGAACAGCGUGGACGUGGUUCCUCUGUGGGCGAUCAGCAACAAGGGAGACGUGCUCUGCCGACUGGGAGUCACCGCACUGACACCUGCUGGAUCCUCAUGGCUCCACGUGGGAACUGACCAGCCUUUCAAGUCCAUCUCCAUUGGCGCUGCAAGCCAGGUUUGGGCCAUCGCCAAGGACGGUUCAGCCUUCUACAGGGGAUCUGUCUCCUCACAGAGCCCAGCAGGAGACUGUUGGUAUCACAUCCCCUCCCCGGCCAAACAGAAGUUGAAGCAGGUGUCUGUUGGGAGGACGUCAGUCUACACUGUAGAUGAAAAUGGAAACGUGUGGUACCGGCAGGGCGUGACCCCCAGCUACCCUCAGGGCUCCUCCUGGGAGCACAUCUCUAAUAAUGUACGCAAGGUCUCUGUAGGGCCUCUGGACCAGGUGUGGAUCAUAGCGGACAAGGUGCAGGGCAGCCAGGGUCUGAGCUGUGGAACAGUGUGCCAUCGACUCGGAGUCCAGCCCUUGGAGCCUAAAGGACAGUCGUGGGACUACGGCAUUGGUGGCGGAUGGGACCACAUCACAGUGAGAGGGAACUCCAUGGAGCCGCCUCGCAUCCGCCUCCCCUCUCUGACGGCCCCGGCCCCUCAGAGCCCGCUCCCUGUCCGAAGCACAGAGGUCAACGGCAAUGCUGUGGGAUGCUCUACACACACAUGAACACACACACGUACUGUACAUAGCCACCUUGAACCAUAUUACCUUUGUAGUAAUAUGUCGUAUGUAGUUUUUGUUUAAAACCACUUUUACUUUUAACACUGGAGUAGCAGCAGAGAGAAUUUACCCGUCACUCUAGAGGACGGCCUUUAGUCUUCACACCGCUGCAGCCAGUGUAACACAGUUGUGACUUUUAGAAAAAUCUUAAAUGCUGAGCCCAAUCUGUCUCCUUUCUGUGAAGGUAAUUUUUACUCUUUUCACCCAAAUGUACGUGCAUUUCUGUCUAAUUUUGCUGUUCGUCUUGGUCACUGACAUUGAACUUUAUGGUCUCAGUA